AUGCGGGUCCCCAUCACCUCGUGGCUGCUUGAAGGAGAAUUAGAUCAUGGGUGGAAGGCCCCCAGCACAGUCCUGGCGCUCAGCGGUUGUGCAGUAAAUGAUCUGCUUUUAGAAAGCGGGAGGGAGGCUCGGCGAGGUCAGGGCACUUCUGGGUGUCACAGGCUGGAUGUGAACUGGAGUCUCCUGAGUGCCAGCCCAGCCCUUGCCAUCGCCUACACCUACGUGCAGUGGGUGUCCUAUGAGGAAAGUACUAUGUACCCCAUUUUGCAGCAGAGGAACCUGAGACCUGGGACAUUAAGCAACUCGCCCAAAGAUCUCCCUGCUCUGCUGAGGCGGCAGCUCCUUUCUCAUGGGGCUUUCAAUCAACCCCUGCCCACCCACCCUUCCUGCCAGCCCGGGCACCCUCCCUUCUGCUCCCUCUCAGCAAUUCAAUUCAACGUCAACUACUAUGUGGCAGGAUCAUUUGUCAGAACUAAAAGAGAUACCACCAGGAACUUGCUCAACACAGAGCUGCACAGUGCGCCGGCGCAGCGCUGGUCCAUGAAGUUGCCGGCCGAGGUGAGUGCGGCGGCGGGCGAGGCGGCAGUGCUGCCCUGCACCUUCACACACCCGCACCGCCACUACGACGGGCCGCUCACGGCCAUCUGGCGCGCGGGCGAGCCAUACACGGGCCCGCAGGUGUUCCGGUGCGCGGCGGCGCGGAGCAGCGAGCUCUGCCAGACGGCGCUCAGCCUGCACGGCCGCUUCCGGCUGCUCGGCAACCCGCGCCGCAACGACCUGUCGCUGCGCGUCGAGCGCCUAGCGCUGGCCGACGACGGCCGCUACUUCUGCCGCGUCGAGUUUGCCGGCGACGUCCACGAGCGCUACGAGAGCCGCCACGGCGUCCGGCUCCGCGUGACCGCCGCCCCACGGAUCGUCAACAUCUCAGUGCUACCCGGCCCGGCGCACGCCUUCCACGCGCUCUGCACGGCUGAAGGGGAGCCGCCACCCACCCUCGCCUGGUCCGGCCCAGCACUGGGCAACGGCUUGGCCUCUGUGCCGAGCCCAGGUCAAGAUCACGGCCAUCAGGUGACCGCCGAGCUGCCUGUGCUGGCCCACGACGGCCGCUACACGUGCGCGGCCUCCAACAGCCUGGGCCGCGCCGAAGCCAGUGUCUACUUGUUCCGUUUCCACGGUGCCUCCAGGGCCUCAACAAUCGCCCUCCUGCUCGGUGCGCUUGGCCUCAAGGUGCUUCUGCUGCUCGGCGUUCUGGCCGCCCGCGCCGCAGCCCGCCGCCGCCCAGGUGGGUGCGCCCCAGGCCAGGAUAGGUGCGAGGGGCGGCCGGGGCUCUCCUCCAGGCUGACCACCUGGCAUGACACAAAGUACCCAGUCACCCAGGACGCCUCACCGCGGCCCCAAGCUCAGGAGUCCAAUUAUGAAAAUUUGGGCCAGAUGAGUCCUCAGGGUCCACCAGCAGCCAUGUGUUCACCUUGAGGAGCCCAUUGGCCACCAGCAUCCCCUGGACACCAUGAGGAAUGAAAGCCAACAUGUGGCUUGGCUGGGAUGGCCCUUCCUGGCUCCCAGGCACCUUGGCAGCCCUAGCCUGGC